CCCUGUAGUGUGUGCUGUCCUUCUGUUGGGAGGUUUUACACAUCCUAUUUGCACAGUAGACUGCCCAGUCCCUGCAAGGUGCGUAUGAUAGACCAAUCACGGGGCAGUCUGCGGCCAACCAAUUAUUUUUGACAGAAUUAUAAACCCAGGACGAGAAGGGCUAUAUAUAAGAGAAGCUCAUUGCACUGCAAACACUAACCUUUGGGAUGUGCUAUUAAAAUAAUAUCCAACUACUGUUCCAUGAGAAACUAUUUGUUCUGUAAGCCUUCACCUGAAGUUCAAUAAAAAAUAAAUAAAUAAAAUAACAUCCAAGGCAGGACACUGAAAACCACAGUUUGCGUUCAGACAGAGUGUCCACAGAUUUCUUAGCAUAUGUAUAGAGUGUGCUUGCAGCUGGUCAGGGCGGAAAGAAGGUCCUUGAAAGCCAUCGGCAGAUGUUAUCCAAAAUUUAUUUCCACGUUCUGUGGGUGUUUGAUAUUUAUCCAUUAAUUAUCUGUUAGCCAUAAGCUCUGAGAAAGGUACACUGUAAGGAACAAUAGAAUCCAAGUAGUUAGGAAAAAAAGUUGUUCAGAGUGUCAUCUUUUUAGCUGAACUAGACUGGAAAAUACAAGGAUGUUGUGUUGAGCGGUCUUUGGCUCAAAGGAUGCCUGUGAUACGGAUUUUUUUUUUUUUUUUAAAUUUCUGACUUGCACUGUUUUGAGGAAAUAGAAAUUAAAUCUAUGAAACCAAGAGAAUUUAAAUUGCUCCCUUCGAUCUUUUUCUUUCUUUACUCCCUCCUCCAUCCUCUUUGUGGUUUUGGUUUGGGAAGACAGAAAUAAUUAAAAUAGAGAGCAGUUAGAAUCAAGUUAACACUUCGCUCAUUAAAACUGGUUCUCAAACUGUGCUCCAGGCUGUAGCUAACUCACUGGGGCAUUGCAGGGUGUUUUAAAUUUUCUGGGGAAGCAGCACCAUCUGUUGGACAUCAUACAAACUACUACAGUCAAGUUGUAUGGACCUAGCUACUUAAUAGGAGCCCUGGUGGCACAGUGGUUAAGUGCUCGGCUGCUUCCCAGAUGGUCAGCAGUAUGACCCCACCAGCUGCUCCACAGGAGAAAGAUGCGGCAGUCUGCUUCCAUAAAUAUUACAGCCUUGGAAACCCUUUGGGGCAGUUCUCUUCUGUCCUAUAGGAUUGCCAUGAGUCGGGAUCAGCUCAUCAGUUCGGGUUUGGUUUUUUGAUUAACUACUUGAUAAAUGGAACAGUUUUUUGUUUGUUUUUCCUAAGAGCGUCAUAAAAAACUCACUGAGUCACUGAGAGCCUUUGCAUUAAAAUCUUUGUUUGACCAUUGAGCAGUAAUGCUGUUACCAUUCCAAGACAAAGAAACUGACCCAUAGUCAGCUAAAAUUGGAGGGCAGAAUAGCAAUAGUUCUUUGCAUUUGUGAAGAUGUAAACUUUAUUUUUAAAAGAAGUAUGUAACUUAGGCAGUGUUUUCAGAUUAAAAGAGGAUUCCAGAAUCAUGGAGUAAGUAUCCUCUAGAAUUUCCUGGAGAGAAGUACAGAGUAGUAAUAGGAUUGGUAUUGGGGUAGGUUGUGAGGCACUCACCUCACAGUGUGAAAAGGUUCAAGUAAUCAAAAUAAAUAUAAUUUUUGUACAACAUUUAAAAAAGAUAAAUGCUAAUACAAAAAAAUUCAUGAUGAAUAGAAUAGCCAUUUUGGAAUCAACAGGAUGUGACCCUGAAAUUGCAUGAUUUCACCUCACUCACCUUAUUCUAAUGGCAGCCCUAGGUAUUAUAAAGUAAACUGUCCUAAUUAUUGAAGAAUUUUUUGUGGAAGGGAUUCUAAUAUUCAGGAAUGUAAGUUGAAAUUUUGGACCCCUGGAAACUGGGGGAAAAGGGGUAUGGUAGACUGUGGGGAAAGGGAGGAAAAAGGGAUGGGUACCAAUGGGUUCAAGUGUCUGAUGCCAUAUUUUGCAUAAAACUAUUUCCCCCUUUGCUAGGUCAACAUCUUAUUUAAUUUUUCUUGUCUUGUAGCAUGGCGGACACCGACCUGUUUAUGGAGUGUGAGGAGGAGGAGCUGGAGCCGUGGCAGAAGAUCAGCGAUGUUAUCGAGGACUCUGUAGUUGAGGAUUAUAAUUCAGUGGAUAAAACUACUACAGUUUCCGUGAGCCAGCAACCAGUCUCGGCUCCAGUGCCCAUCGCUGCCCAUGCUUCUGUGGCUGGGCACCUCUCUACAUCCACCACCGUUAGUAGCAGCGGGGCACAGAACAGCGACAGUGCCAAGAAGACUCUUGUCACACUAAUUGCCAACAACAAUGCUGGCAAUCCUUUGGUCCAGCAAGGUGGACAGCCGCUCAUCCUGACCCAGAAUCCAGCCCCAGGUCUGGGCACAAUGGUUACCCAACCAGUAUUGAGACCUGUCCAGGUCAUGCAGAAUGCCAAUCAUGUGACUAGUUCCUCUGUGGCCUCACAACCAAUAUUCAUCACUACACAGGGAUUUCCUGUAAGGAAUGUCCGGCCUGUACAGAAUGCAAUGAAUCAGGUUGGGAUUGUACUGAACGUGCAGCAAGGCCAAACGGUUAGACCCAUUACUCUAGUCCCAGCCCCAGGCACCCAGUUUGUUAAGCCGACGGUUGGAGUCCCGCAGGUGUUCUCCCAGAUGGCCCCAGUGAGACCAGGCUCCACGAUGCCCGUGCGGCCGACCACCAACACCUUCACCACCGUCAUCCCGGCCACGCUCACCAUUCGAAGCACCGUCCCACAGUCCCAGUCCCAGCAGACCAAGUCCACUCCCAGCACCUCCACCACUCCCACUGCCACCCAGCCCACCUCACUGGGCCAGCUAGCUGUGCAGUCUCCAGGCCAGUCCAGCCAGACCCCGAAUCCGAAGCUAGCUCCCUCCUUCCCCUCUCCACCUGCAGUGAGCAUCGCCAGCUUUGUCACUGUGAAGCGACCUGGAGUUACAGGUGAAAAUAGCAGUGAAGUAGCCAAACUGGUGAAUACCCUUAACACCAUCCCUUCCCUGGGCCAGAGUCCUGGGCCGAUGGUCGUGUCCAACAGCAGCCCAGCUCAUGGCUCUCAGAGAACCAGCGGACCUGAGUCUUCAGUGAAAGUGACUUCUCCCAUCCCAGUGUUUGAUCUCCAGGACGGUGGGCGGAAAACCUGUCCACGGUGUAACGCUCAGUUCCGUAUUACUGAAGCUUUGCGAGGUCACAUGUGUUACUGUUGCCCAGAAAUGGUCGAAUACUUGAAAAAAGGGAAGUCUUUGGAUUCAGAGCCCAGCGUCCCAUCCACAGCAAAGCCCCCUUCCCCUGAGAAAACAGCUCCUGGGGCCUCUACACCCUCUUCUACGCCCAUUCCUGCCCUGUCUCCACCUGCCAAGGUGCCGGAGCCGCAUGAAAACGUGGGCGAUGCGGUCCAGACCAAGCUCAUCAUGCUCGUGGAUGACUUCUACUAUGGGCGCGACGGAGGCAAAGUAGCCCAGCUCACAAAUUUCCCUAAGGUCGCCACGUCGUUCCGAUGCCCCCACUGUACCAAAAGGCUAAAAAACAACAUUCGAUUCAUGAACCAUAUGAAACACCAUGUAGAACUCGAUCAGCAGAAUGGCGAGGUGGAUGGUCAUACUAUCUGCCAGCACUGUUACCGCCAGUUCUCCACACCGUUCCAGCUCCAGUGCCACCUGGAAAAUGUUCACAGUCCCUACGAAUCGACUACCAAGUGCAAGAUCUGCGAGUGGGCGUUUGAGAGUGAGCCCCUGUUUCUCCAGCAUAUGAAGGACACUCAUAAGCCUGGAGAGAUGCCUUAUGUUUGCCAGGUGUGUCAGUACCGCUCCUCGCUCUACUCUGAGGUGGACGUUCACUUCCGGAUGAUCCACGAGGAUACCCGGCACCUGCUCUGCCCUUACUGCCUGAAGGUCUUCAAAAAUGGCAACGCAUUCCAGCAGCAUUACAUGCGACACCAGAAGAGAAAUGUUUAUCACUGCAACAAAUGCCGGCUGCAGUUUCUGUUUGCCAAGGACAAGAUCGAACACAAGCUCCAGCAUCAUAAAACCUUCCGUAAACCGAAGCAGCUGGAAGGCCUGAAACCAGGCACCAAGGUGACAAUCCGGGCUUCCCGAGGGCAGCCACGAGCUGUUCCUGUACCUUCCAGUGAUACACCUCCCAGCGCCUUGCAGGAGGCAGCGCCACUGACCUCCUCAGCGGACCCUCUGCCUGUCUUCCUUUAUCGCCCCGUUCAACGCAACAUCCAAAAGAGAGCCGUUCGGAAAAUGAGCGUCAUGGGCCGGCAGACGUGUCUGGAGUGCAGCUUUGAGAUCCCGGAUUUCCCUAACCAUUUCCCCACUUACGUCCACUGCUCUCUGUGCCGCUACAGCACCUGCUGCUCUCGGGCCUACGCCAACCACAUGAUCAACAAUCAUGUUCCAAGAAAGAGCCCCAAGUAUUUGGCUUUGUUUAAAAAUUCUGUGAGUGGAAGCAAGCUGGCCUGCACUUCGUGUACCUUUGUUACCUCUGUGGGAGAUGCCAUGGCCAAGCAUUUAGUGUUCAACCCCUCUCACAGAUCCAGCAACAUCCUGCCGCGGGGACUCACUUGGAUAUCUCACUCAAGGCACGGCCAGACCCGUGACCGAGUACAUGACCGGAACGUGAAGAAUAUGUACCCACCUCGUUCCUUCCCUCCCAGCAAAGCUGUCACUGUGAAGUCCGCGGAGGCCAACCCAGCUGAGCCUGAAGCGCUCCCAGCCCCCAUGGCCCAGGCACUCCCGUCACCAGCCUCUACUGCAACACCACCCCCCACCCCCACUCACCCCCAGCCCUUAGCCCUUCCGCCCUUGCCUGCAGAGGAGGCCGAAGGUAUGAAUGUUGACGAUCAGGAUGAGGGGAGCCCCCUAACCCAGGAAGCCGAGCCGGCGUCAGGUGGGGGUAGUAGCAGUGGAGUUGGCAAGAAGGAGCAGCUGUCUGUGAAGAAGCUCCGAGUGGUACUGUUCGCCCUGUGCUGCAAUACAGAACAGGCAGCCGAGCACUUCCGAAACCCCCAGCGACGUAUUCGGCGUUGGCUUCGGCGUUUCCAGGCCUCCCAGGGGGAGAAUCUCGAGGGCAAAUACCUGAGCUUAGAGGCAGAGGAGAAACUGGCCGAGUGGGUGCUUACCCAGCGUGAGCAGCAGCUCCCUGUGAAUGAGGAGACCUUGUUCCAGAAGGCCACCAAAAUAGGACGAUCUUUGGAGGGGGGUUUUAAGAUCUCCUACGAGUGGGCUGUGCGCUUCAUGCUGCGCCACCACCUGACUCCCCAUGCCCGGCGAGCUGUGGCCCACACCCUCCCCAAGGAUGUGGCGGAGAACGCAGGACUCUUUAUUGAGUUUGUCCAACGGCAGAUUCACAACCAGGACUUACCCUUGUCUAUGAUCGUGGCUAUUGACGAGAUCUCUCUGUUCCUGGAUACAGAGGUGCUGAGCAGUGAUGACCGAAAGGAGAACGCCCUGCAGACAGUGGGCACAGGCGAGCCUUGGUGCGAUGUGGUGCUGGCCAUUCUGGCGGAUGGCACUGUCCUGCCCACCCUGGUUUUCUACCGGGGGCAGAUGGAUCAGCCUGCUGACGUGCCCGACUCCAUAUUGCUGGAGGCCAAGGAGAGCGGCUACAGCGAUGAUGAGAUCAUGGAGCUGUGGUCUGCCCGCGUGUGGCAGAAGCACACGGCGUGCCAGCGCAGCAAAGGCAUGCUGGUGAUGGACUGUCACCGCACGCACUUGUCGGAGGAGGUGCUGGCUCUGCUGAGUGCCUCCAGCACAUUGCCUGCGGUGGUCCCGGCAGGCUGUAGCUCCAAAAUCCAGCCCUUGGAUGUGUGUAUCAAACGAACUGUCAAGAACUUCCUGCACAAAAAAUGGAAGGAGCAGGCUCGGGAAAUGGCAGACACUGCUUGUGAUUCUGAUGUCCUCCUUCAGCUGGUGCUGGCCUGGCUGGGUGAAGUGCUGGGCGUCAUUGGGGACUGUCCGGAGCUAGUUCAGCGGUCCUUCCUCGUGGCUAGUGUCCUGCCCGGCCCCGACGGGAACCUUAACUCACCUACCAGGAACGCUGACAUGCAGGAGGAGCUCAUUGCCUCCCUAGAGGAGCAGCUGAAGCUAAGUGGGGACCAGUCUGAGGAGGCCUCUGCAUCCACUCCCCGGCCCCGGUCAUCUCCGGAAGAGACGUUCGAGCCCGAAAGCCUCCACCAGCUCUUUGAGGGAGAAAGUGAAACCGAGUCUUUCUAUGGCUUUGAAGAAGCCGACCUGGAUCUGACGGAGAUCUGAGCACCAGGCCAUGAGGGAGAGCCGAGGGGUCUAGGCAGAAAGGGGCGUACCAGGUGGGGUAUUGGAUUGCUGUUUUUAAAUAUGCCACCGCUCCCCCAGUGCUGACUUACACUUCCCUGUGGAUUUGUGGAUUAUUAGAAAAACCAAUCGUGAUCACGUCUGAGCCGAGGAGCUGGCCCACUUCUGCUAAAAACAGGUUUUUGUGACUUUUUUUAAAAAAAAAAUUAAAAUCACUGUGUUUGGUAUUUUUCUGACAAAAUCAAGAAAAAGAAAAAAAAAAUCCUUCGUGGGUGAAUGUUAAAAUGUUUGCGUUUCCCCUCUUACCUCAAUUGUAUCAUAGUACUUCCAGGUUGUUUGUUUUUGUGUGGCCAGCGUCUUUGGGCAUGAUGCUAUCUAACCAUUGUCCGUGUGAGAACAUUUCUGAAGAUGGGAAAGACAAAUGUGUAGCUCAUAAACUGGUUUAUUAUAUAUAUGGAUAAAAACCUUUUUUCAUUGUGGUCUUAACACUUUUAUAUAAAAAUGAAAAUGGAAAAAAAAAAAUCCCACUGAACUCUUUUUUCCUUCUCCUUUUCUUUCCUUCCCUCUCCAGAGAUGUUGGUUUCUACAGCAACUCUAGAUAAAAAAUUGUGGCUUUAAAACUGCAUGAAAACCACCUUUAAUUAUCUAGAAUGACGAAUAGAUUUGUCUUUCCUCAUCCCGCCCCCCUUCUCUCCAACACAACAAAAACAAUUCUCUUUGCACUUGGCGCCCCUGACCCCUUUCCCUGUUCGCACACCGUCGCUCCGGACAAAGGAUCAUACCCUGGUCAUUAGCCAGAAAGAAGGACCUUGGCUAUCAGAGUGUCAGGGCGGAAGCCGUUCCCAGCUGUGCGUCUUCAUCCUCCAGGCUCCCAGGGACAAUCCUACUUUGUAGAACUUCUGCUGUUCCGUGGACAGUGUGCCUGUUCAAGAGAUGACCUGUCCUGCAGCCAGGAGCUAAUGUGCAAGAAGCGUUGAACUUCAGGAAGACAAAACUAGUUGGUGAAGUUCUGCUUUGACCCUGUGGCUUCCCUGCGUUUCUCUUAGAGCUUAGAGGAGAAUCUGAAAUGAAGAAACACACCGGGGUCUGCACAGAGAAAGACACGAAUCUUUAUUUUUCACUGCCAGCUUCAAGGAAAGAACAUUUUUUCUACAAUUUGCAUGUGAGGUUUUUUUUUUUUAACUGUAUGUACUUAUGGUUAUAAACUGAGAUGUACUGUAAUACAGCGAGAAAAGGAGCAAAAAACCAAGUCCACCGUGCCACUGCUCUGCCACUCCGUCCACCCUGAGGCUUGCAGCAGUCUUCCCUCCUGUGAGCCCAGGAGGCGACCCGCACAGGCGUGGAAAUGGUUCGUCUUUCAAAUGUACAUACGUGGAAGUUCAUAAAAUGAGGGAAAUGGAUUUAUAACCAACGCUUUUUUCUAGGUGACCCUGUUUAAUAGGCUUUCAGACCGGGAGAUGCUCAGGGUGUGAUGGGCCUAGUGGUACAGGUGUGACAUUUGUUACCACUGUUUCUCCUCCCUUUUUUGUUUUUUAACGCCCAGCACACUAUAAUAUAGUGAACUGGAGUGAGCCCUCCCAGAAAUAGCUUGGCCAGCUUUGUGAACCCGUGGCAUCUGAGAACUCAACUGAGGGUCAUCUGGGCUUUUUGUCCCCAGCUUUUUGCCUGAUGCCAUUUUAUUGACACAAUAAUGGACUUUCAAGUCGACCCUUUGCCUUUGAGAAAGUUCAAGAACUAUUGAUUGGUCAGCUCCAUCUAUAAGGACCUAAUCCCUCUGGCAGUCUCCACAGCAGCCACAGCCUUAGCAGAGCUGGGUUCCUGGCCUCUGCACACUAUGACUUUCUUAGUUUUUUUAAAGACCAUAGUACCAACAGUGGAUCAGCUGGGUUUUGGCCAAGAAGUUACCUUUGUGGACUCUGCCUGCAUGGCUUAGUAGUAGAAGGAAGUUUUUUUGUUGUUUUUUUUUUUAAUAAUUCAGUUUAAUCAAUAAACCAAGUAUUUAUUGACUACUUUGUGUUGAGACUAAAUGUGUAGAUUCCAACUGAAAAUUGAAGGUUAUCCUUUGCUUAACGUCCUAGUUUGUUGUGAUCGUGGGUGAUAAAGUGGAGGGAUAUUCCCGUUUCUCCCUCAGUUCUCUCACCACUCAAUUUGUGUGUAGGUUUUUGGGUUUGCCCUCUAUACCCGUUGCUCAGAGGUUUGGAGAUGCAAUGCCUCAGAAUCACCUGGGGUCUUCAUUUUUUAAAUUCAAGUCCAGCGCCAUUAUGGAGAUGGAACUGAUGUGACUCAGCCCCAGGUACCAUACUGAUCACCUCUGGUAACUACACUAAGACUUGUCAGUGAACCUACGGUACUUGUAAGAGGUUUUCUGACAGUGCUAGAAAUUUAGUAGAUUUGGACGAUAGACAUUUAGGUUAAAUGUUUACAUCAGUAUUCCCUGUAUGAAGGGGGAGAUGAGAUGGAGGAGGGAUUGAGGCUGCCAGUUCCAGCGUGGGGGUAACCUUAGAAAGAGCAGCUCUACCAGACACUGCAUUGCUAUCUCGGAAAUGAUGGCUACUUUAACUGAAAUCCCAUCUGCAGCCAACAGUAACCAGAAAAUAACUUUUAAAUCUAGUGCUGUGGGGGAAAAUAUUAAAAAAAAAAAAAUUAAAAACACAAAAGCCAGUUGU